GGGUUACUUGUGACGUCUGCAUCUCACGUGCACACCUGUGUAUUCAUGCAGGGCGUCGAGGUCUUUACACAGGUACUUCUGGACUGCAGAUCGCCUACCUGAGCGGGACCGAGUCCCAGGAGGAGCCAACUCCUGCCUACAGCUUUAGCGCAAAGGAUGUGGCAGAAUUAAAAAUGUCUUUAUUGGCCCCAAACUUCAAAGGUGUGGAUAUAUUGCUGACGUCGCCCUGGCCCAGGGAUGUGGGGACUUUCGCCAACAGUGCGGGAGAAAUAGAUACUAAGAAAUGUGGCUCCAGGUUAGUAUCUGAUCUAGCUGCAAGUCUCAAACCAAGGUACCACUUUGCUGCCCUGGAGAAAGCCUAUUAUGAAAGACUUCCUUACAGAAAUCACACAGUGCUGCAGGAGACUCCACAGCACGUGACCAGGUUUAUUGCACUUGCUGAUGUUGGCAACACAAGCAAGAAGAAGUAUCUCUAUGCCUUCAGCAUUGUUCCAAUGAGCUCGAUGGAUCCUGCAGAGCUAGUGAAACAGCCACAGGACGUCACUGAAAAUCCGUACCGAAAAUCACGGAAGGAGGCGCCGAAGACCAAAGCAGCUGUGGAUGCAGAGGAAGAACCAGCUUGUCAGUUUUUCUUCGAUUUGAAAAAGCAUCAGGGAAAGAAACGUCCCUCAGAUGGGAAGGAGGGAGGGAACUCCCAACCCAAGCAAGGCAAAAAACCCUCGCAGCCCACGGGGCCCUGCUGGUUCUGCCUCGCCAGCCCAGAAGUUGAGAAGCACUUGGUCGUUAGUAUUGGCACGCACUGCUAUCUCGCCCUGGCCAAAGGUGGCUUGUUACCUGACCACGUCCUGAUUUUGCCUAUUGGGCACUAUCAGUCAGUGGUCGACUUGUCUCCAGAGGUGGUGGAAGAAGUGACCAAGUACAAGUCUGCCCUAAAGGAAUUUUUCAGAAGCAAAGGAAAGAGAUAUGUCCUGUUUGAAAGAAACUACAGGAGUCAGCACCUGCAGUUACAGGUGAUUCCUGUCCCGUUGGACCACUGUACACCUGAAGACAUUAAAGAGUCCUUUAUUGCACAGGCACAGGAACAACAGAUUGAAUUAUUAGAAAUCCCAGAGCACUCGGAUAUCACGCAAGUAUGA